AACCCUUUCUGGCUUUGCAGGUCUGGGUUGUUCUAGAAAUAAACCUUUGCUGUUAACGCGUUCGGUAGAAAGAAAUUCAAUAAUAUUCAUAUUCACGUUCUCAGGAAGAAGAAGAAAAAGCAGAGCGAUUUGGAUUUGGAUCUGUGAAGAUGGCGUUGAAUCCUCAACUCUUCCCCAACGGGAUGCCCGUUCCUUUCGUCAACGAGAUGUUCGUGUUGGCCAGAGAUGGCGUCGAAUUCGAGAUCGACAAGAUUCCUGGCUCCGGAAAUCAUGGGGGUCAUCUCAAAACAAAGGGAACCAUUUAUUUGUCAAAUAUACGCAUGGUCUUCGUUGCCAAAAGUCCAGCUGGAGGCCUUACAGCUUUUGAUAUGCCUUUGCUUUACACCAGUGGUGAAAAAUUUAACCAGCCAAUAUUUCACUGCAACAAUCUUUCUGGACAUGUUGAGCCCGUAGUCCCAGAUGACCAACAUAGAGCUCUUUACUCCACACACACAUUUAAGAUCUUGUUCAAAGAGGGAGGCUGUGGAACCUUCAUUCCUCUUUUCUUCAAUUUGAUUGCUUCAGUGAGACAAUAUAAUCAACGCGCUAAUGCGCAGGCGCAGACACAAGCUCGUGUGGAUCCUUUGCAGGCAGCUCAGACUCCUGUUGAUGAGAUGAUGAGACAUGCGUACGUUGAUCCUAAUGAUCCAACAAGAAUAUUUCUGCAGCAACCCAAUGCUGAUUCUCAGCUUAGGCGGCGAACAUAUCAGCCGCAGGAAGGUGGUGGCCAUGUCUGAGCCUGAAAGUGCAUUGUACUCUACUCCUGACAUGCAUAGAUGAUGUUCAUAUGGGUACCAUACUGUGUAUUAAUAUAAAAAUAAAUAAAACCAUGUGAGCAACUACUUCUCAUGUGUGAUCAGAAACUAAUAUUUAUAAAAAAAAAGUUGUAUUUUUAUUUGUAUAA